GUUUACAUCCAUCUACGUUAAAGUUAAAGUCGAUAAGCGCGUCAUAGAUGCCAGCAAUAAUACAAAGCUGAAAAUAUUCAGCGUUAGUCUAGAGUAGAACGACUAGUAUUUUAAUUCACUGGUAUCCUGGAUAUAUGAACUACUACUCGCACUGUCCGGUAAACAAAUGCCCUUCACUGCUCUACUUUAGUCGACUUGACAUCACCUAAACAGAGAAGUCUACAAGAAAGACAACUGCAACCCUCUCUCUGUGACCUCUUCUUUGACUCAUGACAUUGUUCAUGAACGGCUGCUUAUGUAUCUCCAAGUCCAGAAGGACCCCGGAGGUACAGCUUACUGUCCUGAUAAGAAAAGGGCAGUUAAAACAGAUGAAGGAGGUGAUUAGAAAAGGCGUGGAUAUAAACGUCAGAAAUGCUUCCGGCCAGACCCCUCUGCAUAUUUCGGUUAUAUAUUCUAGCAUGGAAUGCGUGGAAUUCCUCUUGCAGUGCCAAGAUAUCGACAAAAACCCAGUCGACUGCUGCGGAGCUACUCCACUAAUGAGAGCUUCCUGUUCUGGUAAUGUGGAUGCUGUCGAGAUGCUUGUCAAAUACGGGUGUUCUGUGGAUUUUCACAGCAGAUUCUGCUGCACGACUGCGAUUGAAUACACUCUUAGUUCAUUCUGUUGUGUUAUCCCAACCAUUGGAUCAAUGGACGAUUCCGUAACAUGCCAUUCUGUUAUAGAAACUAUGAAAACAAUACAAAAACACUACAUACACAGUGGAAAAUACGAGUGUUUGCUUUUACUGCUUGCUGCAGGAGCCGAUGUGAAUAUUCAAAACAAAAAUGGAAAAACUCCCCUCCACCAGGCAAUAGAAGAAUUCAACUUGGAGGCAGUCCGAAUACUCAUAGCUUACAACUGUUGUUUAGACACUGAAGCCAUAUACAAAAAGCCUCUGUUGGGGUUGACGUCUGUGACUCCUGUUCUUUUGGCGAUGUACCUAAAACAGCUUCCGGUUAUCCAUCUCCUCCUGAAAUCAGGAUGUGACGUCACCCACGUUUGGCAUGCUUUGAAUAGUUUCAAUAGUGAACCAGUUGUUCAUGCCUAUGUGUGCCACGUUCUGCUUCAACCUAAAACUUUAAAACUGCUAAGUAGGAAUAGGAUUAGAACUUGUGUUGGAACACCAGUGAAAGAAAACGUGUACGCAUUGCAACUACCAGUACCCGUGAAAAAAUAUAUAAUACAAAGCAUUAUGUGAAAAACGGACUAUAACUAAUCACCGAACUACCGCAAGUUACAUAGUUAUUAUUAAUUGAAGCACGAACCAGAUAUUGCGCAACACGUAAUCUUGUUGCAUUUUGUUAUUCAAUUAUAAACACCUUAUAAUAACAGCAUAUGCUUGUAAUAUAUGUUAAACAUUACCACAAAAUCAGCUGCCAUAUCUGUCACACAUGAAUAUAUUUAUUAAAGGAAUAUACCCUAGUUUUUAAACACUAAGGCAUAUUUUUGACUAUUAGAGCUAUUUUUGGAGAACUGAAAUCAUACUUUACUUAGAUUUUAUUGUUUAGAUUAUUCA